GCGUUAUAUAUCCUAACAGAAAACGAAAAACAACUCGACAACAGUACAAUCUGAAAAUCACUGAUAUAUUCUUCCUUUUGUUUUUCGUAGAUAAGAAAAUGUGAUGAACAAAAUGGCGUAGGUAGAAUGUUUCUACAAGUUAGCUUAUUCGGGACAGUUUACUAUAUACGUUAACAUGUGGCUUACAGUGAAUUUAUAAAGAGAAGAAACGCAGAAUGGUGUAGCAGAGUGUUACUGAUGCUCCGCCCAGCUAGUACAAGACUGCAGUUCGGCUCGGCGCUUUCACAUACCCACAUCAUGCUCGUGUGAGCUAGAGUAUGGAUAUAAAACUACUACUGGUGAUUCUUUCAAUAGUACAAGUGAGUGGGAUCUGGUGGACCAUGGGACGACAACUGCUACUUGUAGAUCCAUCAAGAAUUUGCCGUAAAACAAGACGACUCAGAGGUAAACAGGUGCAUAUCUGUCAAAAAGAACCAGAUGUGAUUAGAGCAAUAGGUAGAGGAGCGCAGAUAGGGAUAAGAGAAUGCCAGUAUCAGUUCCGUAGUAGAAGAUGGAAUUGCAGUACUGAGAGACGUUCUUUGAAAAAAGUAUUAACUAAAGAUACGAGAGAGACUGGAUUUUUAAAUGCAAUCAGUGCAGCCGGCGUUUCUUACGGAAUAACUCAAGCCUGUAGUUUAGGUCAUUUAGAAGAUUGUUCCUGCGAUUAUAGGACGCCUUCUCUAUAUCCUCAGGAAGACUGGAAAUGGGGAGGUUGCAGCGAUAAUGUGCGUUACGGAUGCAAAAAGUCUAAAGAGUUUAUGGACGAUAGAUUUAGGAAAAGAAGUGACAUUAAGACACUAAUGCUUAGACACAACUACAAAGCUGGACGAUUGAGUAUAAAGAAUCAUAUGAGGAGAGCCUGCAAAUGUCACGGUAUGUCCGGAUCGUGUACUAUGAGAUCGUGUUGGAAAAAACUACCGACAUUCCGUGACGUAGGCAAUCAUCUUAAGAAAAAAUUCGAUGGUGCUGUUAAGGUAAUGGCUGGAAACGACGGUAAAAGUUUUAUACCAGAAGGUGCUACUAUAAAACCACCGGAGAGAGAGGAUAUAGUUUAUUCAGAAAUAUCGCCUAACUUUUGUGAAUUUAAUUUAAACACAGGUUCUUUAGGGACAAGAGCAAGAAUAUGCAAUGGGACAUCAAAGGGGGAAGACGGUUGUGAACUUUUAUGUUGUGGACGAGGAUAUAACACGCUUAGAAGAACGGAAAAACAAGCGUGCCAAUGCCGUUUUCAAUGGUGUUGUGAUGUCAUGUGCAAAACUUGUGUGAUAAAAAAGAGUACAAGUAGAUGCCUUUGAUAGAUCUUUUAAACUGCGAUUUGUUAUAUUAGUCGCAAAACCCAUCGAAUCUCUACAGCUGCUUAACAAAAUUGGUUGUGACUUUCAAGGUGAUGUUGAUUUAAAAGAUCUCAGAUUUCUAUUAAUUUGUGAUUGUUUAGGCUUAUUACUUUACAUUUAAAAUGAUGAGAAAUUGAUUUCAAAGUAAAUAUUAACUUAUAUAUUAUUAAUGUCAUCACGCGCUUAUUACACAAGUAAAAUAUAUCAGCAUAAAUUCGAUUUUAGUACUUAUCAUGGCAAUUUAUUGUGAAUAUAUUUUGUGAAAGUGUAUAAGAUUAAUCAUACCAGAGGAAUGUUCAUUUGUAAUUGCCAUUU